UUUGAAAAUUGGAUACAUUAUAUGUUUAUUACCACAAAAGUUGGAAAAGAAGUAAAAAAGUCCCUUAUAAUAAUGCCUAUGCUUAUAUUAAUUAAUUUAUUAAGUUAAAUUCAAUGGUUGUAGUGGAAUUCCAUUUCUUUCAUAUCUAUCUUUGCAGAAAAUAGAUGUUGACUUCACCUUAAUUGAAACUCUUGUGUCAGCAACACAAAUAACCAUCACAAAACUGAUUAAGCAACUUGGACACUACAUGUAGUCAUUGCCAAAUGUGUCAGAGUGUUGUGGGUGUAAGAAUGAGACAGUCUAACAUUGACAACUUCCAAAGGCCUUACCUGGAAAAUGUGGUCCAGAAUCUAGAUGACAGAUUUCCAGACAACCUAGUACUUGUUGCACUAUCUGUCAUGGAUCCAGACCUCUCAGCUGACCCUUCAUUGAAUGAAUGGAUUCAACACAUAAAACUGAAGACUCUAGCCAAACAUUUCAAGUCAGUUGGUAUUGAAAUAAAAGUUCUGGAAGAAUGGGAAACACUGAGAACAGGGUUAGUGAAAGAAUGUAAAGACAUGACAUUUAGGAAGACAAUGAACAAAGUUGCCAGUUUCGGAACUUUGUAUCCUGUGUUUGUUUAA